UGGAAUACAGAAUACUAAUACCAAAUCCUCUCUUACCAACUUCAAGUAAACAAAAAUGCACGCAGCCAUUCUGAAGGCGACGCUCCUGGCGGUGCUGCUGGGCGUGAGUGCCGCUCGGCCCGACAAAGCCCCCGUGGGCGCGGCCGGAGCGCCAGUAGGAGCGGCGGGCGCCACGCCGAACCAGAGGUUCCUUCCGGGACUCGACCACCUCCUCUUGAAGCCCUUCCUCGGACUCUUCGGCGGAGGACUUGGCGGAGGCUACGGAGGAGGCUACGGUGGAGGCUACGGAGG